AUGAAGGCUCAGGUGCGGUGUGCAGUGACGGAGGCUCUGUGGUCGAUGUGUGCAGCAGACUCUGUCUCCAUGCCGGCUCACUGGUAUUACAACACCGAUGACAUCAUCAGAGACUUCAGAGGCUGGAUCAGAGGCUUCAACCCCCCCCCCACCACCCACCCCACCAGCAUCCUCACCCUGUCCAACACGGCGGGCAGCGGGCGGACGGCCUGGUCGACGUCGCCGAGACGAACCGAAGUCGUUGGAAACGUGAUUUUACACGAUAAACUGAACCUGUGGAAAUCAUCCAGAGGGUCCGUCCAUUAUCACCAAGGUCUGCAGGCGGGUGAGAACACUCUGAACGUGCUCUGUGCUCUGAGAGCGGCGAGGACGCUGGCGUGCGGCGGUCUCGACGCGUCGUUGGCGGAGGCUCGAGCCGCCGUGCUGACGGACUACGUUCACUUCCUGACGACGCCCGGAACGCACCGCGACACCUACGCCGAGUCCUCCCACCGCUCCUUCUUCUCCGACUGGCAGGACGAGAAACCCACCGCCGGCCGGGAGCUUCUCAUGUUUGCAGAGAGACGUUCCAAGCGCAUGUUGGGUUCUAAGUUCUCCGACAGCCAGCUGGACGCCAUCGGCUGCCUUUCCAUGAUCCUCCCCUUCGUGCUCCUGUCGGCGUCAGCCAAUGAGGAGCGAGCUGUGUCUGCGGCCGUAGAGUGGGUGAAGCUGACUCACCCCCACCCGCGGGUGCCCGAGUACGUCUCCAUCUACAGCCGGGCGCUGCACGCGGUUCUGGGCGGCGCCAGCGUGCGUCAGCAGGCGGAACACGCUCUGAGAACGCUGGGAACCUGGGAGGCCUGCCAAAGCUACAGCCGCAAGGCCGCCAGGUUCCCCGCAGCGUCAGACCAGCGACUCCGAGUCCAUCAGAGCGCCGUGAACUACCUCGGCCUCGCCUGCUACACUAAAGGAGCUCUCUCCAGUUUGUUCUACUUGGCUCACGAGUUUCAUGACGACCUGACGGGAGGAAUCCUGACCAACACAAACUGUGGAGGGGAAAACUGUAACCGCGGCGCUGCGCUCGGAGCUCUGCUGGGAGCCGGCUGCUCGUACAGCGGCGGCGGCGGCGUUCUGCAGGAGUGGAAAGACGAGCUGAGAGACGCUCAGGAGCUGCUCCCCGAAAUCCUGAGAGAGCUGCAGCGCUGACACUGUCACUCUGAUGUCACUCUGAUGUCAUCGGUGACCUCAUCGGUGACCUCAUCAGUCCAAUCCAAACCACUCCACAUCGCAAUGUUCCACUUUACUUCCUGUUUACAAAUUUAAUGAAAUGAUUCUUUUAUUUUUGUUUAAAGUUGUAUCGUCUAUAUUUUUGAUUUUUGUCAUGAUGAAAUAAAAAUUGAAA